GCGGGACGGCUGAGGGCACCAGCUCCAGCUAGAGACGCCUGGCCGGGGACCAAAACACCUGUCCGGGUGCGGAAUGGAGGCGGGGGAAAGGCGCCCCCUGCUGUCCCAGGGCGCCGGGGGCCGGGAGGAGCCCCUCCCCGCAAGCAGCCCACUCACCGCAAGCCGCCAGGAGCCCCAAGAGGACCAGCUCUGGAGGGCAGGCCUGGGGGGAGACCCGGCCUCCUCUCUCCCCUUGGGAAACAGCUGCCUGAAAUACCUGAUCUUCCUGUUCAACUUCCUCUUCUCUCUGCUUGGUGCACUGGCCCUGGCCUUCGGGCUCUGGGGCUUGGCUGUCAAGGGGUCUCUGCGGGGGAGCGGGGCAGCGGCCCUGCCCGAAGACGCCUUGCUGGGACUGGCGCUGGGGGGGCUGGCAGUCAGUGCCGUGAGCCUGGCGGGCUGCCUGGGCGCCUUCUGCGAGAACGCUUGCCUGCUGCGCUGCUUCUCAGGGGGUCUCAUCGCCUUCCUGGCGCUGGAGGCGGUGGUGGGGUCCCUGCUGGUGGCCCUCUGGGGCCCGCUGCAGGACGGCCUGGAGCCCACGCUGCGUGCGGCCAUCACCCACUAUCAGGACGACGCGGACCUGCGCUUCCUCAUUGACCAGGUCCAGCUGGGGCUGCAGUGCUGCGGGGUGUCUUCCUACCGGGACUGGACGCGGAACCCGUCCUUUAACUGCAGCUCCGAGAGGGCCCAGGCCUGCAGCCUCCCUGACUCCUGCUGCGUCAGCCCCAGGGGAGAUGGAGUAGUCGGCCACGACCCGUGCGGCUUCGGAGCUCUGGGCCCAGAUGAGGCCGUUCAGAGGCGGGUGCACCUGGAGGGCUGCAGCCUUGCGCUCCGCGGGUGGCUGCGCGCCAAGGUCCGGGCUGCCGGGGCCUGGGCCAUCGCCACUGUGGUCAUCCAGGGCCUGGAGCUUCUGCUGGCGGCCCGGCUGGCGAGGGCCCUGGCUGUCCGCCAGGGGUUGGCGGGGAGCCCCAGAACCGCGGGGACAGAAAGGCUCCCCGCCAAACUGGCCCAGGGCUGACAACCCCGUGGGACCCCCAGGGAAGGUGUCCAAGCAAGCGUCCUGCAUCUCAGACACUCUGGCCUCCUCCCCCUGCUGGGUCUCCCGCCCCCCAGGGUCCCUUUCCCGGAGGGUAGGGCAUGGCCACCUCCUUCCCAGUUGUUUGGGCCUGCGAGAACGAGUCCCUGCACCACCACCUGACCUCACUCUCUCUCAGAUACUUUUGCCCUCCGCCACGGAGCACUUGCCAACCCCGCGUGGCCUGCGUGAGCCGCACCUGCCAGCGCCUACCUCCUACAGAGGAUGCCAACGCUCCCCAGAGCAUAUGGGGCUCUCGGGGCCAGAUGCAAGCCUGCUGUCGAGCCCCCGACUCCAACUCACACCCCCGACCGCCGCCUCCAACCUCCGGCUCCGCACACCUGGGCUCCCUACCUCCGACCCCAUCCUGCCCCAGCCUCUGGGUGCCCCCCACCACCCCAUCCUGCCCCAGCCUCUGGGUGCCCCCCGCUGCCCCACUCCCUGCUGCCCGGCCCUCUCCGUCCACUGUGGUGGCCACGGCGGGGCCCCGACGGGAAUAAAUU